CCCCCCCCCCCUAAUUUUAAAUCCUCGCUCCGUCCCUGAGUGUAUUGUAUUUUUCUGAUUAAAAUGUCAUUUAUUUGAAUAAAUGUAUGAACAAAAUUAACUAAACUAUCAAUUAAUUUAUGUUUCUUCAAUUUUUCAUGAGGAAAAAAAAUUUGACCGCCCCCCUUACUUUAAAUCCUAGUUAUUCUCAUCUUUGAAAGUGGUUGAAGUAACCCUAAGAUAAUUGACAACAACUGUCGAGUACAGUAUGUUGGCCGCUAUUUUUACUAAAUAAAACCUUUUAUUUUGGCUCCACCAACAUCAAAGAUUAACCUCAUACAUCAUUAGAAGACAGUAAGAGACGUCAAAGGUAACAUAGUCUAGCGGUGAAACCAUUGGUUUGGUUGCUCAGGAAGUGGGAGGUCCUGAGUUCGAUUGCCAAUGGCACCGCUUGUGUGAUCCUGGAGGCAUCCUUGGUACUGGAGACUAGGCCCCGCUGACACUAAUGUGGCAUGUGGAGUUGAGGUUCCCGGGUUAUAAAAAAAAAACAGUUUGAGACAAAUUAUAUAGGUAAAACUCCCGUUUAGUAUCAUUUUGUUGCUGUUGUGGUUGCAGUGGUGUUGUGUAAACAGAUGUACAACCACAACAGAAAAAAAAAACAGAAAACACAAACCUGUUUAGUUGAUAAAUCUGAAAAAUCAUAAAAGCUGGCAACAAGAAACAAAAACGUGUUUAGUUACUACUAUAAGAACUAAAACCCAGAAAAGAGAGUUGUCCUCAAUAUUAGGCACUGCGAAUGAUGCGGCGGCGGGGAGGGGAAAGGGAGGCGGUGACGCAGAGUCGAGCGGGGCGUCUGCUGGUGCGGCAGGAGGGUGGUCGCGGCGAGAGGGGAAAGGGAGCCGGCGAGAGGGUGGUCGCGCGGGGAGGGGAAAGGGAGGCGGCGAUGCCUGGCCGGGCGGGGCGCCUGCUGGAGCGGCGGGAAGGUCAUCGCGCGGAAGGGGAAAGGGUGUCGGCGAGAGGUUGGUCGCGCGGGGGCUUCUGCUGGUGGCGGCGGCCGGUGCGCGGGGUGGGGAAAGGGAGGCGGCGGGAGGGUGGGUGAGAGGUUGCGACGAGGCGGCUGGGGGAAAGGGUAGAGGGUAGAGGGUUUGGGGGUGAGCUGCUGGGCGUAGGGUUUGGGAGAAAAUGAGAGGGUAGAGGGUUUGGGGGUAAAAAAAAAAGAUGAAAUUUUGGUUGAGGUGGGAUUCGAACUGUGGGUUGGUUUAAUGAAAACAGGCCCUCAACCAGUAGGAAACCCGUGUAAAACAACUACAAGAAUCAGAUCCAAAGCAAUAAAUUGUUGUUUCUCUAAUUUGGGCACUGUUGUGCAAAUCUGAUUCACAACCACCACAGAAAAAAAAAACAGAAAACACAAACCUGUUUAGUUGAUAAAUCUGAAAAAUCAUAAAAGCUGGUAACAAGAAACAAAAACGUGUUUAGUUACUACUAUAAGAACUAAAACCCAGAAAAGAGAGUUGUCCUCAAUAUUAGGCACUGCGAAUGAUGCGGCGGCGGGGAGGGGAAAGGGAGGCGGUGACGCAGAGUCGAGCGGGGCGUCUGCUGGUGCGGCAGGAGGGUGGUCGCGGCGAGAGGGGAAAGGGAGCCGGCGAGAGGGUGGUCGCGCGGGGAGGGGAAAGGGAGGCGGCGAUGCCUGGCCGGGCGGGGCGCCUGCUGGAGCGGCGGGAAGGUCGUCGCGGCGGAAGGGGAAAGGGUGUCGGCGAGAGGUUGGUCGCGCGGGGGCUUCUGCUGGUGGCGGCGGCCGGUGCGCGGGGUGGGGAAAGGGAGGCGGCGGGAGGGUGGGUGAGAGGUUGCGACGAGGCGGCUGGGGGAAAGGGUAGAGGGUAGAGGGUUUGGGGGUGAGCUGCUGGGCGUAGGGUUUGGGAGAAAAUGAGAGGGUAGAGGGUUUGGGGGUAAAAAAAAAAAAGAUGAAAUUUUGGUUGAGGUGGGAUUCGAACUGUGGGUUGGUUUAAUGAAAACAGGCCCUCAACCAGUAGGAAACCCGUGUAAAACAACUACAAGAAUCAGAUCCAAAGCAAUAAAUUGUUGUUUCUCUAAUUUGGGCACUGUUGUGCAAAUCUGAUUCACAACAAAAAAUAGAAACCCAACUAAACAUGUUUUUUUCCCCCUUGGUUUCACCAAUCUUUAAAAACACAAUAGGAAACAAAAACAGACAACAAUACUAAACGGGGCUUAACCAUAAUGAAAAGAUUGCUACAGGAGGUAAAACUAACCAUAAUGAAAAGAUUGCAGGUUAGCUUGAAAAAUAAUAACUUUGGAAGAGCAAGAGCUGUCGAGUCCUUUUCAUGACCUUUUCAUUAUUUCUAUCAGAGAGCGGUAGAGUAUUUUAUAUUAAUAAAAUUGUCUAUCAGUUGAAUUGAAUUUUGAUAAAAAAGAUCUAUGGAAAUGUUUUUUUUUAUGGUUAAUCAAAAAUUGACAUUAAGCACUAGGGUUUGCAACCUGCAAAUACCCCUUCUCCAACUACAAAGUUUUCAAUAGAACUCUAACUCUAUUACAUGACUAGAAAUCAAGCUAUAUAUGGAAGAACUGAACUGACUAACUGCAGGUUGUUCUGGACAAAUAAUCGGACCUCCUCUGUGCUCUGCUUGACAAUUUGGUGAGGCAGUCUAAUAAUUUUAGUACCAUAUAUUUUCUGACAUCAUUCUCUCCAAAUGUAGUUCAAUAAAAUCAACCAGCACAUCCUUCCCAGCUUGGCUCUAUCCGACUUCCUUGUCCAGUGUCCUUUCGCCCAUGCGAGAUGAGCUUCCCAUGACAUAUGAACUGGUACUGGAGUUAUCCUCCGUAACAUGGAGGAAAUCACACUUGCUAUAAGAACAAUCAACAAACAAAUGGUCCCUCGUUUACUCUCCACCAGGGCACAACACACAACUCCUAUCAACCAUUGUCCCCCAAUUCACUAGCUUGUCUUUUGUGACGCUUCUAUCCCAAAUAAUAAGCCAAACAAGAAAACUAUGCUUUGGUAUGUACGGCUUCCCCCCACAGCUUCACUCCAGUCAAAUAUAGGGAAAGUAGGGCGGAUUGAUUUCCAGACAAAUUUAACAGAGUAACGAGCAAGAUUCUUAUCAUCCCAUGCCAAUGCAGCUCCUGCUCCAGACAGAUAAGGUUGAGCCUGACUUCUGCACUUCAAGAUACGACGCCAAAUCCAGGAACCUGAGGAUGUCCCAGACAAAUUCCAAAUUGAUUGAUUCAUAACUUUGUAUUUAAGAAUCCAAGCCACCCAUAGAGAACCUGCCUCUGCAAGUAGAUUCCAGAGAUGAUGUAUUACAUACGCUUUAUUCCGUGAUUUGAAUUCCUUGAUGCCUAGACCCCCCUUCUGCCUUGAGCCUAACCACCUUCUCCCAAGAAACCAAUGCUCGUUUUCUCUUUUACAGACCCCCUGCUCCCCAUAAGAAUAUGUUACAGAUCAUUUUCACCUCCUUCAAUACCUUCAUUGGUAGUAAAAAUAGGCCAUCCAGUAUUGCAUUGUGUUGGUGAUUACAGAAGAAAUAAGCUGCAUCCUGCAUAACUCAAAAGAUGUGUUUGCCAUGUUGUUAUUCUGGCUGUUAUCUGAUCCACCAACAACUUGCAGUCAUGAGAUGAAAGCUUUCCAGUGAUAAGAGGGACCCCAAGAUAUCUUACAGGCAGCUCACCUAAUGAAAACCCCGUUACCCU